UAUGUUCGAGCACGAGCGGAUAUCAAACGAGAUUGUCGACAGCAAACGAAUGUUUCUUGGGCAUCCUUAAAACGAUUGAAGGCCGGCAACGUCGAGGAAAAUGAUAUAAAAUUGAAAUGUUAUUUGAGAUGCUUUAUGAUAAAGAGUGGUAUUCUUAACGAAAAUAACAAUGUAGAUAUCGAGAAAGCUCUGCGUCAUCUUCCGCGUAGUAUGCAAGAAUCGUCAAGAGAAAUUCUUAAUCGAUGUAAAUUGAUUCCAGCGGAAAAUGCUUGCGAUAAAGCUUUUCAAAUAGCCAAAUGUUACGUUAAAGCACAUCCAGAAGUUUUAAAGAAUGUAUCAUUUGUUUAA